CAGUCCACAUCCUACUCACCGUUCACCGCACCCGAUUGCCCCACUGUGCAGCACCUGCCGAGCGUGAUCACACACCCAUAGUCUUCGCGGAUGCUGACUCCGGUGCAGAUGACCCAUCACUGCGGAGAUGAUGCUCAGGAAGGGUUGGUAUACCUCGCCGUCGCCAUGACACAGGAGGUCGCGUGCUCUAGUAGGACCCUCCCCACAGCUGCAGCCCGCACGCAACAACCAGCUUUUCGUCGCCGCCCGUCAGUCGUCUCGAGAUGUGGGGACGUGAGAGCAGCACCGCAGCGAAUGCUCAUCACAAUGUUUCCACUGCGCGGCAUGGUAUUCUCGCUGUCAUCGAUACUUCCGCGGGCUACAACAGUGCAUCCCUCCCCACUUCCGCGGCACACUCUCCGCUGCGCUCUGCCAGUCAUACCAUUCCAUCUCCAGAGGUACAAUGCAACGCAGACGCCGGGACCCCGCAAGGUAGCGCGCGCUGUGCUCCGCGGGCCUACAUGGGGCCCGGCGCUCAUCGAGAGAACGUUCUCGAGAACCCACGGAAUUGGUCGCCGGCUCUGGCGAUGACGACCGGCGGCAGGUCCGCAUACCGCGCCUCACAAGAGCGCGACCCCGCUUGAAGCUCCCCACGAAUCGCCUCCGGACAGCUCGCGUCUCUCAACGGUCGAUAAGCAGACGGCCCCAACAGCUGCGGGCGGG